AUGCCCUUAAUAGCCACCCUCAUCAGGGACAAGAUAUCGAGCAAGAUAUUCCCAUUAGAUCCAAAUGGAAUAUACUUGGUCUUGACUGCUAAAGAUGUAAGCGUGGAGCGAUUCUGUAUGGGAUCAUGCGGCUUCCAUGAUAGCAUCUGGGUAUCCGAGAAAACAAGACUUGUAUAUGGACAUGUAGGAGAUUCAUUGGUGCAGUGCCCAGGUGUGUGUGCAUGGCCCCAUGCGGUUCCAGCAUAUGGUCCACCGGGAAAUGUUCUUGUGGCUCCUAAUGGCGUAGACAGUGAUGGCAUUGCCUUGGCGCCACUUGAAGCAGUCACGGCAUGUUCAGGAGUUUCUGGGGUUGAAGCUUAUCCGGGAUAUCCAGGUGUUUUAUUAGUGAAUGAGUCUAGCAACGCAAGCUAUAACGUGUAUGGUGUAAAUGGCAGGACAUUCCUACUUCCUGCUAUAUAG